AUGGCUGCCGCGCUCCUCUUCACAAUGGUUUUCUUCAUCAUCAUGUUCUCUGACCUGGAAUGCGACUAUAUCAACCCCAUAGACCUUUGCAACAAACUCAACGCUUUCGUCCUACCCGAAAACAUGGCACAUGCUUUCCUCACGCUGCUCUUCCUUCUAUCUGGGCAAUGGACUGCGCUACUCUUGAACUUGCCAUUGGUAGCCUUCAACGCAAAUAAGAUAAUGCAGAAAUCACACAUGUACGAUGCGACGGAGAUUUUCCGCUCCUUGUCAACCCACAAGAAAGAGUCGUUCAUCAAGCUCGGCUUCUACCUCCUCAGCUUCUUCUACUACCUCUACCGCAUGAUCGUCGCCCUCAUCGCAGACAGCGAACCCUAA